CUCCAGCACUUCCCGUUCACAGCAGAAGCUCCUUCCAGCACCACGUGCAGAGGGAACACGGGGAGAUUCCACAGAGCCUUCCCUCCCUCAGGACACAGAGCCUACACAGCAGCUGCCUCCUAUGGAAGCUGAGCAUUCCUAAACAGCCACCAAAGGUGACAGCCCAGGUGCCAGGACAUGUCCAUGACUGAGUUUUGGUUCAACAGAGACACAAGUACCAGCUGAAGUGUCUGGUGAAGCUCCUGACAGGGGCAGAUUCCCAAGGGCUGGGAGGCACAAAAAUGAAAUGGGAGACUGCUCUCUGGAUGGUUGCCUGCUUACUGCUUUCCUCUCUGCCCAGAGGCCAGCUGGGCACCACGUGCCAUGCAUUUGUUGGGGAAACUGUGGUUUUACCUUGCAUCACCACCCCUCCUGGAGAGCCAACCCUUUCCAAGUCCAUGCUCUACUGGCAGAUUGGCACCAAUCUGGUGCACUUCUUUAAGAAUGGGCAGGAUUCACUGGAUGGCCAGGACGAAAAAUUCCAUGGUAGAACCAGUCUUUUUCUGGACCAGAUGAAGCAUGGCAACCUUUCUUUAAAGAUCUCCAAUGUCCAGUUACAGGAUGAUGCUGAAUAUUCCUGCAUUUACAGACAGACUGACAGCCAUCAAACAAAGAAAUCUACAAUUAAACUCAAUGUAUCAGCUCCACCUAGGAUUGAGGAGCCACCUUCCCCUUCUGAGCAGAAUCAGAUUCCCUCCGGAAGCCCCACGGAUGUGCCAUGUCUGGCUGUGCUUCCCCUCUCUUUCCUGCUCCUGCUCCCCCUGUGGCUUUGGCACUUGUAACAGGGGAAGUCAGCUUUGUCUUUGGGAAUUUUUCCUCACCAGAGGAUGUUUCUGGGCAGAACAGGUCUGUGGGGUCAGUGUGACACCUGCUCCAGAGCCACGGGAAGGAAGCACCGAGAGCUGGGAACAGACCAAGCAGUAGGUGUUUGCAUCCCACGUUCUGCUGUUCCACAAAACCAAGGGCAGCAAAACUCUGAGGUGGCAAGUCUGCUAUUGCAUUUGUUUCUCAGAGUCCAGUUUUACUGCUGUCAGGAUAUACAUUUCAUUUUGGAAUUGUGUGGGUUUGCUUUAAUGACAGGAUAAAAGGCUCACAAAACUCCGGGAUCAGAUUAUAGUUGAUCCCAGUGAGAUCUUUUACCUCUCAUCUGCUGUCCUUCAAGACGACUGAAAGGAAGAGUGGGGGUAACUCUCCUCUGUGUCAGACAAAAAGUGGAAGUAGGAAGAUACUCACAUUUUGUGAAAUGUAAGGAUGGAAACCUUGUGAAACUUGAUUCUGUGGAACUUCAGCUUCUGUUUUCACUCCUAAGCGUCAUGGGCUAUGAGUAAGAGCCCCUUUUUUCCACAAGAAAUGUAGUAUUUCUUUAGCAGGAGGGUGAAACUCACAGAGAAAGAGGGUAGAAGUUCAUAAAAUAUCCACAUAGAGGAAGGAAGUGAUGUAUUACUACAAAAUCCACUGCUAAAAAAGCCAAAAAAUUCAGAAGACUGAAUUCAGUAUUAUCAUUUUUGUCAUGAAAUAUGGCAAAGCUGGAUUCUUACGCUGGAACUGUGCAAUGAGAAGUCGUUACUGUGACAAUGUUCUUCUUUAAAAGCAGUGCCUUUGGAGGGGAAAAAAAAUAUUUAAAAACUCAUCAAAGUAAUUGUAACUGAUACCUAUGCAAACUAAAUGGGUUUAUUUCUGGAAAAGUUCCAUUCAGGUACCAGAGGUGUCCUGUGCAAAUCGAAAGGAUCCCGUAUACAAACAAUAUCCAGGAAGUGUAGAAGUUUUUUUCAGGCCAGAACUGCAACUACCCUGCUUCACAACUAUAAAAGCAUCCAGAGAACAGAACUGGUGACUGAACACACCUCUCCUGCUGAGCCCUCAGGCAGCAGGAAUGACUCACGAGGAUGCACAGUGAGUCACGUUCAUUUGGAACACUUGAGCCUCUUUUUUCCCAAUGAAGAGACAAGAUUGCAAUGGCAAGGAAGGGACAGAAUAAAUCAGAGUUUAAAAUGGACGUAAAGGAGACAGUUACCUUUGAAUUUCUUAACUAAAGGCCUUUUCCCCAUGGUGGGGAAGAGAAACAAAAUCCCCCACACAGCCUGUGCUGGUGCUGCAGUGAAGCUCAGCUGAUAUUUGGCUACCCAGCAACAGAGCAGCUCAGUGGAACAGCUGGGGUCCAGCUGCAGAGAGAGAUUUGACUGUAAGAAUUGUACAUACUGUGACUGUCUUUUUGUGUCCCGUCCUCCAAAUGUUUGUCUCAGAU